ACAAACUUAAAAUCCCGCUCAGCUCUUGCUCCGUCUUCUCUCGUGAGGCCACGCGCGCCGAUUCCGAUCACCGCCCGUUGGGUUUCUCGUAGAAGCUUACGGUUCGAAUUCUUGGAAGCAACUGUGAGUUUUUCUCUGCGAGGCUGGAAAUUCCUUGUAUUUGAUUUGGGUAUCGGGAAGUUGAUCCUUGAGAUCUAUGUCACCAUUAAGGCAUAUGGUACAAAGCAAAAGAUGCAUAUGGGUCCUCAAGAACUUCGUGAUCUUGGAACUGGAUGGUAUUUCUCUCGCAAGUAUAUUGAAGAAAAAUCUCCCUCCAGAAGGGAUGGCAUUUCCCUGGAGAAAGAGGAACGCCUACGGAAAUCAUAUAGCAGGUUUUUGCAAGAAUUGGGAAGGCGCCUUAAAGUACCUCACCAGACAAUGGCUACUGCAAUAGUAUUUUGUCACCGGUUUUUCCUUCGCCAAUCUCAUGCCAGGAAUGACAUGAUGGUAAUAGCAACAACAUGCAUGUUCCUUGCAGGAAAGGUCGAAGACACCCCUUGCCGGCUUAAGGAUGUUAUCUCUGUAACAUAUGAAGUCAUUCAUAUGGACGAUCCUUCUGCUCUAAGUAAAGUCAAGCAGAAGGAUUAUGAACGACAAAGGAAACUCAUUUUAGUUGGAGAAGUGAUGGUUCUUAAAACACUUGGUUUCGAUCUUUAUCUCGCACAUCCGUAUGAGUUUCUGCGUACGGCAACAAAGACGUUCAACGUCGCAAAACCUGCUCUUCUUCAAUUUGGAUGGAACAUUCUCAAUGAUGGGUUGUGCACAUCCCUCCAUCUCCAGUAUAAGCCUCACCAUAUAGCAGCAUGUGCUCUGUUUCUUGCUGCAAAAUUUAACAAGGUGAAGCUUCCAUCUGAUGGUGAUUUAGUCUGGUGGAGAGAAAUCCCUAUCACUGCGAGCGAGCUAGAAGAUAUCAGCAAUCAAAUGCUGGAUUUUUAUGAAAAAGAGUUACCAAAAAAGCCUUUGAAACCUAAGGAGGCUGAAGGAAGCACUGGAGUUGGAACUAGUAAGCCUGCAAGUGAGAAUGUAAGAGCUGUGCAUCAGAGUACAGAGAACAAAGCUAACCCUGAUCAGAAUGAGGACCAAAAUCCUCACGGCGAAGAAAGCAAGGCUGAAGUUUUGGAGCAACCUGUUCAAGAUGGAGAUAAUGAUAAGGGUAAAACAGUGGAUGAAAGUUUAGACGAAAGCGGAAAGAAGACCGAAAUAAUUCCUGACCUUAACCUCACCGAGAGCAAGGUUGAAGGAGAUGGUAUUGAGAUGACAGCAGAGGAUGAGAAGCAAAAAUCUGAAGAGAAAAUUCCUGACCUUAAUCUGAAACCAUCAACACCUUCAGAAGAACAAUGGGCUGGUAUUGAAGGAGAUGGUACUGAGAGCAAGGUUGAAGGAGAUGGUAUUGAGAUGACAGCAGAGGAUGAGAAGCAAAAAUCUGAAGAGAAAAUUCCUGACCUUAAUCUGAAACCAUCAACACCUUCAGAAGAACAAGGGAGUGGUUGACAAGAGAUUUCAAAAGGAUC